CCAGUUUUCCCAGGUGCAAGAGAAAGCGUCCAUAGUUUCAGUUCCAAGCAACUGGAGGCAACAGGUUAGGAUUUAAGAUGGCGGGGACAGCGCGCCACGACCGAGAGAUGGCAAUUCAGGCCAAGAAAAAGCUCACCACGGCCACCGACCCCAUUGAAAGACUCCGACUGCAGUGCCUGGCCAGGGGCUCUGCCGGCAUCAAAGGACUCGGCAGAGUGUUUCGAAUUAUGGAUGACAAUAACAACCGAACCCUUGAUUUCAAAGAAUUUGUGAAAGGGUUAAAUGAUUAUGCUGUGGUCAUGGAAAAGGAAGAGGCAGAAGAGCUUUUUCAGAGGUUUGAUAGAGAUGGAAAUGGAACAAUAGACUUCAAUGAAUUUCUUCUCACAUUAAGACCUCCAAUGUCCAAAGCCAGAAAAGAGGUAAUUAUGCAAGCUUUUAGAAAGUUAGACAAGACUGGAGAUGGUGUCAUAACAAUUGAAGACCUUCGCGAGGUAUAUAAUGUAAAACACCAUCCAAAAUACCAAAAUGGGGAGUGGACCGAGGAACAAGUAUUCAGGAAAUUUCUGGAUAACUUCGAUUCACCCUAUGACAAAGAUGGAUUGGUGACGCCCGAGGAGUUCAUGAACUACUACGCAGGCGUAAGCGCGUCCAUUGACACCGACGUGUACUUCAUCAUCAUGAUGAAAACCGCCUGGAAGCUCUAAGUGUUUCCCAAGAAGACUUUUUGAACUAUUAUGCGGGUGUUAGUGCUUCUAUUGACACCGAUGCCUAUUUCAUUUUGAUGAUGAAAAAAUCUUGGAGAUUAUGACUUUUGUCUAUUUUGGAAAUCAGGGACUCUCAGAGAGUGGAAUCAGUUUGAGAGAAGCCCAAUGCUAUCUAUGAUUUUGAUAAGGUAUAAACUAAAGUUUCUGAAAGAUCUAGAAUUUUAAGAGCAAUAGAUCUUUGGUCAUCUUACUUAAUUACCUGGAAUGUGUUUAUCUCCAUAAAUACUUGAGGAUAUAUUUUCAGAUCAAAAAGGAAGGAAGGAAGGAAGAAGGAAGAAAGGAAGAAAGAAAACCAAUGAAGUGAGAUGGGAAGUGGUUCCUAGGUAAAAUAAUGUACUUGUUCUUAUAGGUGUUCCUCUUAUAGGUGUAAAUGUAGCUGUUUCCCCACACCUUCAUUUUGUCUACUGUCUGGGAUCUCUAUAGCAGAUGGUGAUAAUAAAAGGAUUAGAGGAACUUCUGUGUCAAAUGCCCUGAGCUUAUUUAUUUUAUUCUUUC